AUGGCGUACCUUGCUGAUUUUUUCACUGAAAUUAAUAAUCUGAAUAUUUCACUGCAAGGAAAUAAAACAAAUAUUUUGAUGCUGCAGGAUAAAAUUGCAAGUUUUUUACGCAAAUUGGAAUUUUACCAACGCAGAGUUCAAGCUGGUGAUGUGUCAAUGUUUACACAACUAAGUGAACAAUUACUAAAUAAUAAACGAGACAAAAUCACAUUUGAAAAUUAUGUGGUUCAACACUUAACUGCCGUGAUAGACUCACUGCAGCAAUAUUUUCCCGACAUGGAUAUUCGACGAAGAUAUGUCAGCAUGUGUCUCGGGCUGCGUGAAAAUAACUUAUUGAAAGUUGAUUUUCAAAAUGAUAAACUCAGCACAUUUUGGCGAAAAGCAGCUGCAGAAUAUCCCAUCAUAGCUGACAGAGCUUUAAAGAUCUUGAUUCCAUUUGCUACAACUUACAGAUAUGAAACUGGUUUCUCAACUCUUCUUACAUUAAAAACAAAAGCCAGAAAUCGUAUGAACAUUGAGCAUGAUAUGAGAUGCUCGUUGAGUGAAACUGAACCUAAUAUUGUGAAACUUGUGAAUGCAAAGCAAUUUCAACCUUCGCACUAG